AUGAAGAGCACUGUCAUUCUCGCCGCUGCGGGCGCCCUCGCACCCCUCGUUUCUGCCCACGGCUACGUCAGCCAGGCCAUUGUUGCCGGUGUCACAUACCCGGGCUGGAACCCAAAUGUCGACCCUUAUCUUAGCCCAGCUCCUCAGCGAAUCUUCCGCAAGAUUCCAGGAAACGGCCCAGUCAUCGAUCUCUCUUUGAUUGACGUCCAGUGCAAUGGAUACACCGAUGGUGGAUUUGCCACUGCUCCAGCAGCUCUCUCUGCCAAUAUCGCUCCAGGAGGCACUAUUACUGUCCAAUGGACUCAGUGGCCAGACAGCCACAAGGGACCAAUUAUCACUUACAUGGCCAAGUGCCCUGGAAGCUGCACAAACUACAGCCCAGGAACUGCCAAGGUCUGGUUCAAGAUCCAAGAAGCCGGAAAGGUCAACGGCGUUUGGGCUACCACUCCUUUGGAGACCAACCCAGCUGCUCCAUUCAGCUUCAAGAUCCCAACCGGUCUUGCACCAGGUAACUACAUAAUCCGUCAUGAGCUCAUCGCUCUUCAUGCUGCGUAUUCCUAUCCCGGUGCUCAGGUCUACCCAAGUUGUUUCCAAGUCACCGUCACUGGAUCCGGCACUCGAUCCCCACCAAGCUCUAGCCUUGUCUCCUUCCCAGGUGCUUACACUGGCAGCACACCAGGAAUCACUUAUGAUAUGUACACCAACACCGGUGCAUACCCAAUCCCCGGACCUGCUCUCUGGUCUUAA